AUAUUUAUCGAUAACAAGUUCGUGAAUUCCGUCAGUGAAAAAACUUUUGAGGACAUCAACCCGGCCAGUGGCGAAAAAAUAGCUGAUAUACAGGCGGGUGACAAAGCAGAUGUAGACAAGGCCGUUUUGGCAGCCCGUAAAGCCUUCGAAAGAAACAGCAAGUGGAGGUCGAUGGAUGCCUCCGCCAGAGGUAAGCUGUUGUGGACGCUGUCCGAUUUGUUGGAGAAGAACAUCGAUGAAGUUGCGUCACUUGAAUGCCUGGACGCUGGGAAGCCUUUCAGGCAGGCGGAAAGCGACGUUCAUUUGGCAAUCAACUGGCUGCGCUACUUCGCAGGAAUGGCGGACAAGAUCUGCGGCAAAACCAUACCCGUUGAUGGCAAUUACAUGUGCUACACCCGCUGCGAACCCGUCGGUGUCGUCGGGGCCAUAGUGCCGUGGAACUUUCCGCUGGUUAUGUUUUGUCAAAAGCUGGCCCCUGCUGUCACUGCUGGUUGUACGUUGGUAAUGAAACCCGCAGAGCAGACGCCGUUAACAGCUCUGUAUUUGGCAUCUCUAACCGUUCAGGCCGGUUUUCCACCCGGAGUCAUCAACGUCGUCACUGGACUUGGCAGCACUGCUGGAGCCGCGUUGUCCAGCCAUAUGGAUGUCGACAAAAUAUCGUUCACCGGAAGCACUCAAGUGGGCCGCUUGAUCAUGAAAGCGUCAGGGGAUUCCAACCUGAAGAAGCUAACUCUCGAAUUGGGAGGAAAAAGCCCAUUGGUCGUUUUUGCGGACGCUGACAGUAAGUGCAAAAAAACAAAUGCUGAGUUUCCGGGUGACUGA